AGUGUACGUCUAACAAGCUUGUUCAGUGACAUCUUCAACUUCAUCUACUAUAAUUUUUGUAUCUAGUACUUAUACAUACUUUCUCAUCUCUGUAUUCAUGGGCACGAUGAAAAUCUAACUUAACCCCUCUUGUCAUCAAAUUGAAUUUGAAGUUCAUUAAAUUGGCACUCCGGUCACCGACACUAAGAAGGAUCAGUGCUCUCAAUUCAGUGGCAGGAACGCGACACGGUCAACGACCGCAAAAUCGUCGCCGUGUCAUGAGAGCGAGCACUUUUCCACUUGUGGCGAUAACCUCUACUUUUUUCCUAAAUGAUUGAGCACAUUUUAUGCACUUACUGGCGUCAGCUUUUUUCGUUUCAAUCAUUACUUUUUUACACGUCUACGCUUUGCGUUUUUUGUAAGCUCAUCAAUAGACGGACUCCUUUCCCCCGCAGAAUGGAGAGCAUC